GAUUUCACCUCCUUCAUUCUGUGAAAUACCAGCCAAGUCCUCAACAAGGAGCAGUGUCACGAUGGUCAUGUUAUGGAUUAUAUUGCUUUUUCUUCAUCAAGGAUAUACUCUAGUUCCAGUGAAAACUGUUCAGCUUGGUGAACCAGCGAACUUAACAUGUGCUUUACCCGAUGUGGUCAGCAUUAGAGGAGUCCACUGGUACAAGCAGAGUGUUGGAGAUACUCUCAAAUUAAUAGUGACACUGUUUAAAACUGCAACACCUGAGUAUGGUCAAGAAAUAUUUAAAUCAAGAUUUCAAGCAAAUUAUGAUAAGAAAUUUAGCAACCUGACUAUUUUGAAAGCAGUCCAAGAUGAUGAGGGAAUCUAUCACUGUGGAAUCAUAGAGUGGAUUAAUUCUGAAUGGACUGGAACAUAUUUGUUAGUAAAAGGAAAUAAUCAGACAGCAUCAAAUUAUACUGUUUUUCAGUGGCCAACAGUGUUAAAUCCACUGCGUUCAGGAAAUUCAAUGACUCUCCAGUGUUCAGUCUAUUCUGACUCUGACCAGAUGUGUCCCAGAGAUUAUAAUGUGUUCUGGUUCAGAGCUGGAUCAGAUCAAUUACACCCAAGCAUCAUCUACACUGAUGGAAACAGACACAGUGAAAGUGAGAUAAUAUCAGACUCACAGGAGAGGUGUCUUUAUCGCUUCUCUAAGAAUGUCAGCUCAUCUGAUGCUGGGACUUACUACUGUGCUGUGGCCACAUGUGGGGAGAUAUUAUUUGGAAAUGGAACUAAACUGGACAUUAAAGAGCAAAAAUCAGGAUCUGAAUUUACUGUGCUGGUUAUGGCAAUAAUCUUCUUGGUUAUUUCUGUGACUCUCAUUAUUGUUUGUUGUCAAACUCCAAGAGGAAUAUGUGAACAAUGCAAAGAUGCAGUUGCUUUGCAAACAAAUCUGACAGCAAAAGGAGAAAAGGAAAUUCUGCAGACAGAUGACGACUCAUUGGUUUAUUCUGUAGCAAUUUUCUCUUGUGGAAAAAUUAGAUACAGGAACAAAGACUAGAUACAGGACUACAGAACCUGCAGAAGAUGAGAAAUGAUUUGAGGGCUCUUGAGCUGGAUUGAUAUCUAGACACAUAUAACUCUUGCCUUUUUAAAUUGGGUUAGAAAUGUACUUGUUCUUCGAGCUAACCUAAUUUUCUUCUCCAUGUUUAUCGAUAAUUUUGUUGACAGAAAUAAAUAGUUACAAUGAUAAUUUUCACUGUUAAGUUUUCCCAAUAGACGUAAAUGCUAUGAAAGCCAUCUAUGAAUGAUUUCUUUUUUUUUUUUAUUGUGGAGCUUUUCUCUUCUCUUCUUUUGACAUGUUUUUAGAUAUUCUUGUAUCUGGAUUUAUUUCUCCAUGUCAUGUAUAAAAAGGAAAGAUGGAAACAGUGGAUGUAUUACUUCCUUCUUAGUAGACAGAAAGAAAAUAGUGUAUUUAUAUACAAUUAUAUUACAUGAAAUGAAAAAAUCUAUUUUAUGCAAUUUCUUUAAGUGUUCAGCAUGGCUACUUUGUAAAAUGUUGAUGCAUGCUUUUAUUUUGUGUUCAUUUCAUUC